GAAAGACAAGAGAAUCUGUUACGGUUAUCUUUAGCGCAAUCCAUCCACAUUCCACACACUGGGACAGGACAUGGAUGUUCAAGCUCUACUUCCCACUUUCCGAGCUCCACUUCACCGGAAACCGGCGUUUCACCGGAAAUUCUCUCUCUUUUCACGGCUUAAUACGACGUCGGAGCUUCAAACACCGACCAAAUACGGCGGGAGUAGCUCUACCUCCGUGUCAAUUCCGAGUCAUAAGGUCACCGUACAUGACCGCCAACGCGGGGUCACUCACCAAUUCACGGUUCCCGAGGAUCAAUACAUAUUGCAUACUGCUGAAGAUCAGAACAUCACGCUUCCCUUCGCUUGCAGGCACGGUUGUUGUACUAGUUGUGCUGUCCGUGUCAAAUCUGGACAACUCCGGCAACCCGAGGCACUCGGAAUUUCUGCUGAAUUAAAAUCUCAGGGCUAUGCACUUCUAUGUGUGGGCUUCCCGUCCUCUGAUCUUGAAGUCGAAACACAGGACGAGGAUGAGGUAUAUUGGCUUCAAUUUGGAAGAUACUUCGCUCGUGGUCCAAUUGAAAGAGAUGAUUAUGCAUUAGAGUUGGCAAUGGGUGAUGAAUGAGUUCUAAGGGAUUGCUGACAUAAUUCUUGAAGUAUUUUCUCACUCUUCGAUUCAGGUGUGUGAUCGUUUCAGACCUGGCAGUUCAGCGAGUUCACAUGAAUACCUAGAUCCUUCAUACCUUUAGGAGCACGUAAUGAUAUAAACAAGUGAUAUGCCUUCAUUGCAUGGAGAGAUUCAAUAUUCAGGCUAUAUUGUUAUUCUGAUGUAAUCCAUUUGUAACAUGUAAUCCAAUCUUAUUGAGGUGCUCAAUGACAAUCUUAGACUGGGUCGAAUUUGCCAGUCUUAUCCUUGCCA